AUGAAUACAUCAGAGCCAACAUGUCAAGAAAGAAUUCAUUAUCCCGUUUACAACCCAGGCGAUCCUCGUCACAACCCUUCAAGGCGUCGUCACGACUCCCAGAAUUCAUCAGCAGACUCCCAGAAGCAAGCACGUUGGGUUCAAGACCUCCAGAGACGCUCCAUUCACAAGGUCCGAUCGGGAUUGCUGUCUUUACGAGAGGGACUACUCCGCCUGUCGAGUUGGCAUGAUGGUGAUAUUGAUGAUACUGGUUCUAGGCUUGUGCCUCUGCAAAGUCAUGACACAGAAGGCAGGAAUCGAGCUUAUGGGGUUUCAGGUAUCUCCGAUGCCAGCACCCAAGAGGAUAUGAACUUUGGAGUUGGUAUGUACCGCAUGAACUCUCCCUGGCCCACACAUUACUGUGGGCCAGGUUCCAACAGAUCGACUCAUGUCGCCUCCUCACUGGGAUUACCGAAUGUGUCUGUACCAGACCUUCGGGUGAGCAGUGGACCGCUCCAUCCAGAUUCCCUAUCAUUACGCCAUGUGAGCCUCACAUCCAACGACCCGCCUCCGUACUCCGCAAGCUACGAGAGACCAUUUGCCGAUGGUGAUGCAGACGUGCGAACGGAUCAGGAGAGGCCGUUCGUGGACACAGAACAAAGUUUUGAUGGAGUUUCCAGUGAAAUUAUGGAUCAAUCUGACGGGUCUAGUUGGGAAACAAUUUCAUCUGGUGAGGCAAGCGCUAGUUCAAUGAAUGGAGAUGUCUCUGGGGCUCGUGCAUCGGGUGGAAACAGCACACCUGCAGAACGGCCUCAAGCAGCAGUGACCCCUCCAGAAAUACCAGCAAAUGCGGAACGAUCUAAGACUGACAGUCCAGAUCUGUCUCGCAAGGGAACCAGGUCGGACGAUUCUUUGAUGAUUGAAGAUACCAUGGAUAGCUCCACGAGGUCGUUUAAACCUCCAGAUCCGGGUGCGCCAAGUAGUUUCGGUCCAAGCAAAUUUGAUCACCCACUGGCCAAGAUAAGAGAGUCGGAAGCUUUGGUAACACAGGAGCACUUGAGUGUUGACCGGAGAAAAAGUGAGGAGGCUACCGCGUCUGCCAUUGCUAUGUCAAGGAAGUGCUCUGCGAACGUUGUAAAGAUUGCUUUCCCUGGUGUAUACCACGCCUUACUCGAGCAGUGGACGAGAGAGACCCGUAAUCUCAUGAAGAACAGUGCUGGGAUUGAAGGUAUUUCAACCUCUUCUCACAUCCCCGACUCAGCGGCAGAGCAGGAUCAGCAAGAUCUGGAUUACCACGAGUUGCCCUGGAGCUGUGAGAACCGCGCUCACGGACUACCGUCCAAUACAUCUACCAGCCAUAGAACUUGGGAUCUUAGUGAGGCUUUCUCAUCCGGGGAACAAAAUUUGGCAACCAUCGAGGAUAUCUGGGUUCACGCAGGACUCUCUUCGCGCUUGAGAACUUCCAGACCUGCCAGAACUGCCAACUUGACCCGAAGUUCAUCAACAGCCCACGCUCAUCCACCUGCAGAGAUGCCAGAACUUGAUACACGUCAUUCUUUCGGCCUUCAUAUUGCCCAGAGAAGCGAACCCGGCAAGAAGACCCCGUCUGAUGACCAAGGCCAUCAAGACGACCCACAUCAAUCCUUGAAUCAACAACCUUCACAGCAAGCAUCCCAACAGGCUUCCAUCGGUGAGCCAUAUACAUCUCUUCCUGCACUUGUCUCAAGUGGCCCUCUGGGGUCUCCUUUUGAUCAAUCGGAAUGCUCGUCAGUGUGGACCAUGGGCAGCUCUCUCUCUCCAGGUGCCACAUCCGGAACAUGCAUCUCCGCCUCUCCAUGGUCACCGAUGGAUUCUCCUAUCGACGAGGAGGUUCUCCUCUCGAACAACAUUUGGCGCGAUGAAUAUUACAUGGCUGAUGGCAAGACGAGCAACUACUACCAUGGUCGAGGUGACCAGCCUACCAAAAGAAUAUGGAGGCAGCGUCUCACGGAUGACGGCAGCAUACACAGUGGACCUGGGUUGGACCGCACUCCCUCCAGCAGACUCCAUGUGUCCGAGCUGAUGGCCCCAAUGGCUCUCCCGCAACCCUGUGCAUCACUGCCGGACCGGCCAUGCCUCGAAAGGGGCGGCACAGACCAGCCACAGGAGAACUCAUCUGAACAUCAGGCACAGACACGUCACCUUGAAUGA